UUGCGACUCGCCGGAGUCGCCGGACUCGCGUCGUGCAAACGCGAGACACUCGCGAGCGGAGAGAUACUGAACUGAGAGAUACGUCAUGCUUGUCGGUGUUGUGUUUUGCACGCGCGCGUUGCGUACUGUUAAAUUUGUUCAAAUAUCGAAAUAACAAUAAUUUUUACAUAAGCAAUGGCGAAUUUUACCGAGGACUUAUUUGACGUUUUUGAUGAGCACGGCGACGAUGCGGAGAUACCGGAUAUUCCGAGGAAAGUUGAGCCGGAGACGGGAGUGAAGCGACAACUCGACGCGGACGACGACAAGGCAGCCGUAAAAAAGUUGCGACACGAAUCUGUCUUGGAAGAUAUCAAUCUAGAGGAAGUGGCAUGUCGUAUAAAGGUGCACGCCGUAGACACCGUGGAGUCUUGCACGCACGAAAUCGCUAUCCCUCCCGAUCAGGAGUACGUACCUUUGGAACACCAGCAAGGCAAGCCGGCGAAAGAGUACAAAUUUAUACUGGAUCCAUUUCAAAAGGAGGCAAUCUUAUGCAUUGAGAACAAUCAGUCGGUUCUCGUGUCCGCGCACACGUCGGCCGGUAAAACUGUCGUGGCUGAAUAUGCGGUGGCGUGUUCGCUUAGGGAUAAGCAGAGAGUAAUAUAUACUACUCCGAUCAAAGCGUUGAGCAAUCAGAAGUACAGAGAAUUUCACGAGGAAUUUAAGGACGUUGGUUUAGUGACGGGCGACGUUACUAUAAAUCCCACAGCGAGUGUACUAAUCAUGACUACUGAAAUUCUGCGAAAUAUGCUGUACAGAGGAUCAGAGGUAAUGCGUGAGGUUGGCUGGGUGAUUUUCGACGAGAUUCACUACAUGCGUGACAAAGAGAGAGGUGUGGUGUGGGAGGAGACACUUAUACUGCUGCCGGACAACGUGCACUAUGUAUUCCUCUCCGCUACUAUACCAAACGCACGACAGUUCGCGGAGUGGGUGGCGCAUUUACACAAUCAGCCCUGCCACGUGAUCGCUACGGACUACAGGCCUACGCCGUUGCAACAUUAUAUAUUUCCAGUUGGCGGCGACGGCAUUCAUCUGGUCGUGGACGAAACGGGUCAGUUCAAAGAGGAGAAUUUCAACAGAGCUAUGGCGUGCCUGCAGAACAUGGGCGACGCGGCUAAGGGCGACACGAAAGGACGCAAGGGUGGUCUACGGGCCUCGAAUAGCGGACAAACGAACAUCUUCAAGAUGGUAAAGAUGAUUAUGGAGAGAAACUUCGCGCCCGUGAUAAGCUUCAGCUUUUCGAAGAAGGACUGCGAGGUUUACGCGAUGCAAAUGGCCAAAUUGGAUUUGAACACGCUGGAGGAGAAGAAGCUGGUGGAUGAAGUUUUCAACAACGCGGUGGACGUUCUCAACGAGGAGGACAAAAAGUUGCCGCAAGUCAUGAACUUGUUGCCGCUGUUGCGCCGCGGAAUAGGAAUCCAUCACGGCGGACUCUUGCCGAUCUUGAAGGAGACGGUCGAGAUCCUGUUCGGCGAAGGUUUGAUCAAAGCUCUCUUCGCCACCGAAACGUUCGCAAUGGGCUUGAAUAUGCCGGCGCGAACGGUCUUGUUCACCGCGCCCCGUAAAUUCGAUGGCAAGGAUUUCCGUUGGAUCACGUCGGGUGAAUACAUCCAGAUGUCCGGUCGCGCCGGUAGGAGAGGCCUCGACGACAAAGGGAUCGUCAUACUGAUGAUAGACGAGCAAGUCAGCCCGGUCGUUGGUAAAGCAAUCGUUCAAGGAAAGCCGGAUCCGAUCAACUCCGCAUUUCACUUGACUUACAACAUGGUUCUUAAUCUUCUCCGCGUAGAGGAGAUUAAUCCGGAAUACAUGUUGGAACGAAGCUUCUUCCAGUUUCAGAAUCAAGCUGGCAUUCCAAUUUUGUACAAUAAGGUGCAGGAAUUAUCUACCGCUUACAAUAUCGUGAACGUGGACAGGUACGACGAGAUUUCUUCGUAUCAUGACAUACGUGAACAACUCAAUCGACUGACCGCACAGUUUCAAUCAUUUCUAACGCAACCGGAGUACUUAGUUCCGUUUUUACAGCCUGGAAGAUUAAUAAAAGUGAAAAACGAAAACGAAACGUUCGACUGGGGCAUCGUAGUGAAUUUUAAGAAAAAAAAUCCGAAAAAUCCAGUGAAAGACAAGACAGUUAUUGUCAUUGACGCUUUACUUAAUGUAUCGAAAAAUUCGAAAAAAGACAAUCCAAUUCCAUGCCGCGAAAAUGAGGAAGGCGAAAUGGAAGUGGUUUCUAUUAUGCACAAUUUAAUUUCACAAAUCAGUUCACUGAGAUUGCAUUAUCCAAAAGAUCUUAGACCGCUUGAUAACAGAAAGAGCGUACUGAAGACAAUACGAGAAGUGAAAAGAAGAUUCCCGGAAGGUCCGCCGUUACUCAAUCCUAUUACAGACAUGCAUAUAGUGGAUCAGGCUUUUAAAGAUGUUGUAAAAAAAAUUGAAGCAUUAGAGAAGAGAUUGUAUGCACAUUCUUUGCAUAAGGACCCCAACGUGAAUGUAUUGUACGAACAAUUUUUGCACAAGGAGGAAUUGGCUGCGCAACUUAAGCAAGCCAAGGAGGAGUUUAAGCAGGCCAAAUCGAUACUUCAGAUGGACGAGCUCAAAUGUAGGAAGCGAGUUUUGAGGAGAAUGGCGUAUUGCACGUCGGCGGAUGUGAUAGAAUUGAAGGGACGCGUGGCUUGUGAACUGAACGGUGCCGACGAGCUGUUAAUGACCGAGAUGAUUUUUAACGGUCUCUUCAAUGCCUUGAGCGUGCCGCAGAUGGUGGCGUUGAUCAGCUGUUUUGUAUGCGACGAAAAAUCGAACGAAAUGCCGAAAAGUACAGAUGAGUUGAGCGGUCCGCUCAGGCAGAUGCAGGACUUGGCUCGAAGAAUAGCGAAGGUAUCGACGGAGGCCAAUCUGGAGUUAGACGAAGACGCGUAUGUCGAUCGAUUCAAGCCGUAUUUAAUGGACGUUAUAUACGCUUGGUGUAAAGGCGCAACAUUCUUACAAAUUUGCAAAAUGACAGAUAUAUUUGAAGGAUCUAUCAUCAGGUGCAUGCGACGUUUAGAGGAGGUGCUUCGACAAUUGUGUCAGGCUGCGAAAGGUAUCGGAAAUACAGAUCUAGAAAAUAAAUUCAGCGAGGCGAUCAAACUUAUAAAACGAGAUAUUGUGUUUGCUGCGUCCUUAUAUUUAUAAUGCAGGAAAGAAUAAACUAGUUUGAUGGAGUAA